GCCGCCCGCGCCGCGCUCGCCCGCUCGGCCCCUCGCUUACCGUCGGGGCGGGCGGCAUGUGGCGGGGGCUGCCGGUGCUGGCCCUGGCCGGGCUGCUGGCGCUGGGGCGGGCGCCGGCGGCGCGGGGGGCGGCCUGCGAGCCGGUGCGCAUCCCGCUGUGCAAGCCGCUGCCCUGGAACAUGACCAAGAUGCCGAACCACCUGCACCACAGCACGCAGGCCAACGCCGUGCUGGCCAUGGAGCAGUUCGAGGGGCUGCUGGGCACCAACUGCAGCCCCGACCUCCUCUUCUUCCUCUGCGCCAUGUACGCGCCCAUCUGCACCAUCGACUUCCAGCACGAGCCCAUCAAGCCCUGCAAGUCCGUCUGCGAGCGCGCCCGCGCCGGCUGCGAGCCCGUCCUGGUCCGCUACAGCCACGCCUGGCCCGACAGCCUGGCCUGCGACGAGCUGCCGGUGUACGACCGCGGGGUCUGCAUCUCCCCCGAGGCCAUCGUCACCGCCGAGGGCGCGGAUUUCCCUAUGGAUUCUAAUAACGGCAACUGUAGAGGUGCUGGCAUUGAGCGCUGCAAGUGCAAGCCUGUGAAAGCCACCCAGAAGACCUACCUACGCAACAACUACAACUACGUCAUUCGGGCUAAAGUGAAGGAGGUGAAGACUAAAUGCCACGAUGUCACUGCAGUCGUGGAAGUAAAGGAGAUCCUGAAAUCUUCCCUAGUGAACAUUCCAAAGGACACUGUAAACCUCCACACGAAUUCUGGCUGCCUGUGUCCACCCCUCAGUGCCAAUGAAGAAUACAUCAUUAUGGGCUACGAGGACGAGGAGCGCUCCAGGUUACUCCUGGUGGAAGGCUCCAUAGCUGAGAAGUGGAAGGAACGUCUUGGUAAAAAAAUAAAGGUAAGAAAAUACCUCACCAGAAAUCAAAUGUUGUGGGUGCCAUAAAACAUCUACCUGUCUUUUUAAAAUAAGGGAAUAAAAUGCAUAUGCUGCCUCAAGUUAAUCAAUAUCAGAUAUGAAAAACUAAUCUGGUAUUUUAUUUGCUUCAUUACAUAGAACUGCAUGCUGAGUAAAUGAAGGGAUACAUUGAAUUACCCCAAAGUGUCCCAGUGUAGCAGCAGUCAGAACCCCUGUCUCAAAAAAGCAAACAGUAGGAGUCUUUUAACUCUGUGGGCAAGCUGUGUUUUCCACAACACGUGCCUGCUUAGUUGGGGUUGUGAUAUGAAUGGAAAAAAAAAACCCAAACAGACCAG